AUAGGAGGCAAUUUGCUUUGGUCUGUCUGCAACUCCUGCAUUAGCAGUUUGACGACCGAGGAAGCAGAUCAGAGCUUCUUGUCUGCUGUCUGCUGUUAAGUAUUCUACUCUGUAGGUGGUGCCGAUGGGUUAGAUUGAUCGAACUUGCAGCUGAUUCUCCCUCAUGGUGUUCAACGGAGGGAUCCAUCUUCUGAUUCCUGGUUCCUGAGUACUUCUUCUCGUCAUUUGAAGAUUUGUUAAGUUACACAGCUGCAUUCGUCUCUUGGCUGGUCUUGGACAGAGGAAUUGAUCAUUAGUCCGGUCCUCAUCAGUUGAUUAUGGAUUAACUUUGCUGCUGCUUUUCUUUCUUGGUCUUGUGAACAUCAUGAGUUCUGUUGGAUACGAGGUGGUGCCAAGAUUUAUUAAGUUUUGCAGCUGCUUUUGUCUCUUUCUUGGUCUUGAAUGGAGGAAUUCAUCAUGGUAGUACUCAUCAGUUCAUGAUUGAUUAAAUCUGCUGCUGGAUAUCUCUCUUGAUAUUCGUUGGAGGAAUUCAUCAUGAGUAGUGAUCUUGAGGAGUGGCCGUUCUAUGCGGAUGAUGUUGACGUCGCCACAGAAAAAUUAUUCGAUGUUAUUCAGUUGGGUUACUGGAGGGUCAUAUGUUUUGAUGGUUGGAAUGGAUUUGGAGCAUCCGCUGUUCUUACAUCAGUAGCUGCAGUGCUUCCAUCUAGGAGAACCACUCCGGAACUAUGCUUUGACAAAAUAAUCUUUGUAGAUUGCUCAAAGUGGAAAAAUAGAAGAGGAGUGCAGAGGGCAAUUGCAGAGGAAUUGCAACUUGAUCGCUCUGUAAUGACUAUUUUAGAUAAGCAAGAUGAAGAUGACGAUUUUCAGGGACAUGAUGAAAGCCUGAGGCAUGAGAUAUAUAGUGUUAGUCAAGUGAUUGAUCGAACCCUGAGGGAUGUCAAAUUUAUGAUGAUUUUUCUUAAUGGGAGUGAUGACGAGGUUGAUGUAGGUCUCAUGGGUAUUCCUCUAACAAGAUAUGGCAACAACGUGAUGUUAUGGACCUUCAGCAGAAGCUGUCUGACCAUGCACCAGGACCGUUCUGAGGUAGCAAAAAAGCUAAGAUAUACUCAGGUUUUCUGUCAUUGCUCUAUCGAAGACUUGAGAAGCUUUCAGUUUCUUGGACUGCUACAUCAAGAAGCUGCUACCGUAGUUCCUUGCAAUACAUGUAUUCUGGACAUUGACCAAGCAAUUAUUGGAGGUUGUUGUCUUUAUGAGUUAUUCCUGCACUAUAAUUUCCACAAUGUCAGUAAAUUUGGUUGGGUAUCUCAUGCUUCCAACUAUUGGAUAUGCGAUGCAAUCAUACAAGGGGACAAAGCAAGGGAUAUUAGUAAUGCAUUGUAUCGAGAGAUAAAUUGGAAGUGUGAUGCUUCUCUGCUUCAGGAUGUUCUUACAAAGUCUAUGAAACAAUUGGAGCCUCGUUUUCUAGUAAUCAAAGAUGAUGAUGUCUAUGAAGAAGGCCCAUACCGUUGGAUUUCGGUCACGUCAAGAGAUGCAGAAAUACAUGCUAUGAAAACAAUACCUGCAACGGCAUCAUCUUUCUUCUUGGCAUCUGAAAUAUCCAAACACCCAACAGCUUUACCAGAUGGAUUUUUUGAUCAUUGCAGCAAGCUCGGUGUGCUGGUUCUCUAUUGUUGUUCCUUUAGUUUUGCUUCACCUUCUUUCCUGAAGUGUCGUAGCCUAAGAUUCCUUGGACUGGACCACUGUACAGAUGACGAAACUAUUGGAAGAGAGAAUCAUGCAGUUUGGUUAUGUCUGAAUAGCUUGUGGGUGUUGGACCUGCGUUACACCGAUUGGAAUGAAAUCUUAUCCAAGGAAAUGUUAAACCUCAUGAAAAAUAUCAGAGAGUUAAAUAUAGAGGGAGUCAGGGGCUGGCAAUACACCGCUGAGCUACAAGGGCGGUUACCUAACCUCCAGAGGCUCCGAAUAAUCAAACCGACAUGUCAAUGGAAGACCUCAGAGGAUGUCGAUAACUACUUCAUGGAUAAGAAAAGUAUGGAAAUACUUGACUUGUCUGGCAAUUGUGACAUGAAGAUUCUUCCAACAAGCUUAUCAAAGGCAGGUAGCCUCCGGAUGCUUGUACUUGAUGGUUGUGAUGAACUGGAAAGCGUAGGUGCGCUUCCUCCUUCCCUCGAAUCCUUUAGCUUUAAUGGGUAUGGGGCAGCUGCUCAAUGGACACAAACUGUUGAGCUACCUCUGGAACAAUUUCGUCCAUCCAGGACAACAGAUAAUAAGGAUGUCAGAAUAUCCAAGAUCUCCUUAGCAGGCUGCACACAGUUGGAGAAUUUGUACUUGUGUGGGCUACCCAACCUAGUGGAACUGGACCUCUCUGGAACACCAAUCAAGAUACUUGACUUCAAGACCAUGGUGGUGCAAACCCCAAAGCUCAAGCGACUGUUUCUAAUAGGAUGCAAGCACCUUCGUGCAAUAAAAAUUCUAUACGAGAGUGUUCCUGACCUGAAGUUAAUGUGCGUAGACACACGACCUGGAGUCGUGUGUCCUCGACCAUCCAUCAAACCCACCAGGUUGCAGGUGCAUGCUGUUGUUGUAGAUGUAAGACUUACUCACUCCUUGUGGAAUCUGAUCUCUAGUUAUAGACAAGAUGAUGCUCAUUUUAAUAUCCACGUCACCUCCUCACCUGAUGGGAUUAUUCAAUAUGAAAUAACCAGCAAGGAUAUGAUUGGCACCAGUGAUCAAGAGAGUCUACAUCUUAUUCCAAAAGACCAGUAUGGUGAAGUCCUUGGGAUGGUUGGCGCUGCCCCAAUGCAGGCCUUUCCACAACCUCCGAGUACAAAGUUUGAUCGACAUGUAGAGAUUGCUGAAGGGAGCUUCUACGUGGAGAGGGAACUUGGCAGAGCACUAGGUCUAGGCCACCUAAUGGAACAUUAUGUGGAAUCCCUGCAUGUGCAUGAUGUCUCGGUACGUACUAUUGCACCACAAGGCCAUUGGUGGGGCAAGCUUAGGUGGUGUUGCAUGGAGAGGUGCCCAAAAGUGGAUACCGUUUUCCCUGGGAAUUCAUUCACAUUUACUGCAUUGGAGACCUUGUGGGUGUCAGAUCUCCUGAUGGCCCGCUCGAUUUUGAGUAAAGGUUCACGCUUUUAUCCAUAUGGCAAUACCAAAUCCUUUCAAAAUUUACAGCACCUUCAGCUGCGUUCAUGCCCCAGCCUCCAGUUUGUGCUCCCUCUGUGGGUCUCCUCCUUCCCCAGCUUGGAGACCCUCCACAUCAUCCACUGCGGCAACCUCAGCCACAUCUUCAUACUGGACGAAGAAUACCGUGAAGAAAUAACUACCCGCGGUGUACAAUUCCCAAAGCUUACCACCAUCCAACUGCACGACCUCCCAAAUCUGCAGCAAAUAUGCGAGGUCAAGAUGGUUGCCCCUGCGCUCAAGAGCAUCAAGAUCAGGGGAUGCUGGAGCCUGCGCCGGCUGCCAUCCGUGGGCGCACGUGGCAAUGGCAAGAAGAAGCCGGCCAUUGAGAUCGAGAAGGACGUGUGGGAUGCCUUGGAGUGGGACGCCCGCCACCGCCCUGCCCACUUCGAAGCGCCGGUCCACUCGUGCUACUACAAGGAGAAGCUGCCCAGGGUCUCCGUCCUCAGGUGAACUUGCACCAUGGUGUUCCCUCGGUCGCUACAUGAAAGUGAUGGACGCUGCUGCUGCUGAUGGAUCAUGCGUUUGGUUUGCUUUGUGUGCCUUUUUGGAUUGGUAUUGUCCUUAUUAGGUGCGAGCUUAUGGUGGCUCCCACCGUUUAUUAUAUUGUGGAUUUUCAAAUAAGAGACGGACAUAAUGGCUAGAUGGUUAGGUGCGAGCUUAUCCUUGCUCUAGAUGGUUAGGUGCGAGCUUAUUGGUUUGUGCCUGCCUCACAGACCUGGACGGUGCCUGUGCAUCCACCAGUGUGCAUCUGCAUUUGUGCGUGUGGCUUUGAUGAAUGCUUUCUAUGCGUGUGUGUGUGGAAUUGUCACAGCUGCCUA